CAUUCUUUUCUUCCGAGUAUCUUCACCUGCUCGAUACGGGUUGUGGCAUUUUUAGUCUUCAGGAUCUCUGGACUGGUCCCCCCUAGUCACCACCAGACAGGCUUUCUUCACAGUUAUUAUAUCCUUUAGUCGCACCCGAGUGGCUCGUUAUGGACUCAUGUAUAUAGUUAUUAUUCUUGCUUCUUGCUCGCAUUUUAUAUUGCCCUGAGACCUGGCUGGCGGCGCCUAUACGGGCGGCCCCCUCGAUGGAUGACUUACCGCCGCUGCCAAAAGGCGCCAUCGAUGCCUUGAAGUCGUUAUUUGUCGUCUUGGCAUUCAUUGCUGUCCUGCUGCGACUCAUCACGAACUGGAAAUACAACCGGAGACUCUUGGUUGACGACUAUAUCUCUAUAUCCGCCAUACCGUUCUUGAUCGCGACAUCGAUCCUCAGUGAUGCAGCUGGCAAUGGCUUUCAUGAUGAUAAGAUCGCGCCCUAUAGAGUUGCUCAGCUUGCCGUAGCAAUAUCAGUCCUAACACCACUAGCACUGUGGACAUGCAAAGCGCCCAUUCUCUUCCUCUAUCUCCGGCUCUUCGGGAUCAAGAAAUGGCUACGUGUGCUAUCAUACGUAACCCUCGUUCUCACAGCAGCAGUAUACAUCGCCGCCAUCGUCGCCAUACCACCAGCCUGCACACCGCACACAAUGCAUCUCUCCGAAGGCUUCAUUACCAACUGCCAGACGAGAACGCGGAUAACAAACGUGGUCACCGGUAGCUUCUCCGUCCUCGCCGACGUCGUUAUCCUCGUGCUGCCGGUCCCCGUUAUCUUUGGUCUAAACCUGCUCGUCAGGAGCAAGGUUGGGCUCCUCUUCCUCUUCCUGAGCGGUCUCUUUGCGAUAGGGGCGAGCAUCCUCUCACUAUACUUCAAAGCGAUAUCGCUGCAGCGUCCAGCAACAUCCCUCGCUUUAUCAAUCUUAGCGACAAUAACAGAGUCCGCCGUAGCGCUAAUCGUAGGCUGCGUGCCCUCCCUUCGCGUCCUCUGGUCCAAGAUCCUCAAACCAGGCGUCAAGACAACCAGUAGCGGCAAUGUAUUAUCGACCGAUCCCACGGGGAACCGGACGAAGCGAGGGAUAUCGCAGUACGUCGUGGUAGGCGAGGGAACCGACCGAAAGACGUCCGAGUCGAACACGGUGCUCGUGGUAUCUACCUCGACCGAGGUCCGCACGACAUCCGAAGUCAUCGACAAUCCACAUCAGCAGCAGCAGUUUCAAAUCCCGCAGCACCAGCUACCGCCGCACGUCUACGACAACCGCGACCGCCAUCCCGACGAUGUACAACAGCGCCCAUUUGGAGUCUACACCGAGGCGUACGCUCUCCAGACGCGUCACAACGGGAUAUGGGGCCGGUAGAACGGAGAGAGGGCGGCGUGAAUACCUGCACUCA